AUGUUUUCCUUCACCCGCAUGAUCUCUUCCGUCUACAUCGCGCUGGCACUGGCUUCUGUGACCAGUGUCAUUGCUGUCCCCGUUGCCAACGACGGCUCGCAUCUCGAGGCGCGCGCCGUGAAAGCCCCCAGCCCGGCGUUUGUCAUAUACACGGACAAGUUCGUGUCUGCAGAUGUGCUGCCCCCGGCUUCCCAGCUCGCCGGUUGGAACGUCGUCGCCCUCUCGUUCCUCACCUUGAAGGGCCCUGCCGACCAGGCGGCGGCAUACGCUGCUCUCCCGGCCGCAAAGCGCACGUCCACAAAGGCCGCAUACAAGAAAGCCGGCAUCAACAUCAUCGUGUCCGCGUUCGGCGAGACGGACAAGCCCACCACGUCCGGGGCCGACCCGACCUCCACCGCGAACACGAUGGCGCAGUUCGUGCUCACGAACCAGCUCGACGGGAUCGACGUCGACUACGAGGACCUGGACGCGAUGAACAAGGGAGACGGGAAGGCGGAGGCGUGGGUGUCUACGUUCACGACGACGCUGCGCAAGAAGCUGCCGAAGGGCCAGUUCAUCCUGAGCCAUGCGCCGCUCGCGCCGUGGCUGUCCCCGAACGCGCAGUUUAAGGCUGGGGCGUACCUGACUGUGAACAAGAACGUUGGGUCGCUGAUCGACUGGUACAACAUCCAGUUUUACAACCAGGGCCUCUACACCGACUGUGAGGGCCUGAUUAACAAGUCCGGCUCGCCCUUCCUCAAAUCAUCGCUCUUCGAGAUCGCGGCCAACGGCGUCGACCUGAAGAAGCUCGUCAUCGGCAAGCCUGGCAGCGCCGCCGACGCCACCAACGGUUUCAUCGCUCCUGCGACGCUCGGCACGUGCGUCGACCAGGCGCACGCUAAGGGAUGGAGUGCCGGUAUCAUGGCGUUCGAGUUCCCCGAGGCGGACGCUGCCUGGAUCAAGGCCGCCAAGGGCAAGUCCUUCAAGUAGGCGACACUGGUUCUCGGUCUUAUCUUCGAUGCCUGCUCUGCCAGUGCGAUGACGAACAAGAUGACCUUUGACGGAGGAAGACAGCACGAUCACGCGGAAAGGGAAUUUACGACUUCUUAUGAUAUACUAUAGUUAUGUGCGACGAUUGCAACAUGAUGAAUCUAUCUGGGGUCAACACGCG